AUGCUUUUGCAGCGGAGCUAUUGGCUCGACAUUAGGCCGGUGACUGUGGUGCUCCUGUUUCUAAUUCACUCCUUUAUAGUGUAUGAGUGUGCUAUGCAGGGGCACGAGGAAAAUGAGGCGGUAACGCUUGCAACGGCGGGCCGUUUGAAGGAUAUAAUGAAAGAUGCCCUUCCUGUGGGCCCAAUGUACUCCUUGCGGGUUCAUUUCCUUCGCCAUUGGCUGAAAGACGGAGACGCCCGGGAUGCUGAGGCCUUGGCACGUGAUGUGGCGCCAGCAGACGUGUUACUACUAGUUUUUCCGAAUGAUACGAUGUUGAACCAGACCGAGGUGGUGAACCAAUUCGCGUUGUUGCAACGCUGGUUGUGGAUCACGCCGUUAAAUCCCUCCCUGGACACGGGUGGCAAUAGUUCCCACACACUCCCGGAACGACGGUUAUCGUUCGCUGAAUUUGGCAAAGUCCCCAUCCCGGUUGUACGUCGUCUUCGUAACAUGUCGGCCUUUCUGCACGCUGAAUCACCCUCACCGAAGGCGCACCCCGCGUCAGGCGAGGCUUCUAUCGCUGCCUGCCUUCUUGUCGAGACAGACCCCUCACACAUUCGCACUUCCUCUGGUGGAACUCUGCAAGACGAACUGGCGGCAGGCCCCAACAUCUCGCGAAUUCCUGCGAUGGCGGUAAACUGGGGCCGUGCACACAACGCCGACUGGACCCUUCUCAUCUCUCCGUGUCGGAGUAACCAAGUGUAUACAUGGGACAAGCGACACUUUCAUUUCUUGGAAAGUACCACCGUGUGGUGGGUGUGCGCUGCGUCGGAUACGCUUAUCGAGAUAAACGCGGCAGCAAGGUUUAUCACCACUGUUACAUAA